AUGGCAACCCCAUUGAAGCGGCGUGCAUUCAAUGAGCGGGAAGAAAUCUUGCUCCUGACUCAGGUAUCAGUGAAAGACCGCAUAUUGCACGAAGAGGCCGCAUCAUGGAAGUGUGGGAUUCAGUUGUGCGUAAUCUUAACACACUCGACGAGUUCAAUCGACGCCACUUCGAUGGUAAAAGUGCGCAAGCACGACGAGCGUAUUGUGCUAUUGGACGACUUGAGCUCGCAGGUUGAAGUGGCCAAGAAAGAAGAAGCGGAUCGUGCAGACAUGCGAGAAGAAGCAAUGAAAUCGCAAGGCAAGCGCAAGAAUCGUGAAGGUGACGAUGAGGCUGCAGGUGGCAAGAUGUUCAAGGUCCUGACGCUGAUGAAUGAUGCGAACAAGUGUGAGCUGGAGCUGCGGAAGUUUAUGUUCGAAAAGGAGCUCGAAGACAAAAAGAGCGUGAGGUGCAAGCCAGGCAACGCGAGGCCCAAGCUAAGGAACGUGAAGCACAAUUGCAACAACUCCAACUACUUCAGUCAUCCAUGA